UGGCGUGUCAACAACUAAGCCUUACCGCUGCUCCCCUUCGCCUUGGCUGUUCCGUAAAUGUGGCAUACUAUGUAAGAACAACCGAAACGGUUCAACAAAACCCUUCGGCGGUUCCAAGUAUGUCUGGAACUUGAUUUCAUAGCAUCUGAGGUUUAUGUAUAUCAAUAAUUCUAAUUGUCUUCGCUAUCUUACAAAAUCUCUUGUGAUAGUCGGUGCAUAUGUAUACCUUGAAAAGAUUACAGGACCCCAAAUCGUCUUGAUGAUGAUAUACUCGGGCAAGGAAAAUCGAUUUCAUCUUCGCUCAAACUGCAGCCCAAUUGUCAGUUAUUGUUAUUUUGGUCACUUUUGGUCACUUUUGGUCACUUCUGGUCUAGUACUAUCGGAUUAUGUCUCUUCAUUGUUCUCCAAAUCAGAGGACGGCGUCGACUUUCAUUCGAAUCUUUAUCUGAAUUUAUUCACUCUUUCACUUAACCAGCGAUGCUUCGCAUACUAAUCUAAUAUCAACCAUGAUCAGAGACGAUAGGAUCGGAAGAGAAGACAAUAAUUAUAAACGAUGGCUUCCUCCACAUGUGGAUGAUGGAAGUCGCCCACAAAGGUGGGAAAGGCUUUGGCUGGUCCAGAAGUGCUAUUU